GACAUCCAAAGCCGGCUGCUGCGCACAUUGGGUCCAACUUUUCUGAAGCGUGGCUGGAAUUUUGAUGUGGAGAUCAUGGGAACAGUUCGAGAUUGGGCAAAAUUGGCUCCUGACCGGGUUACAUUCAAGAACUGCUUCAAGACCCGGAAGUUUGAGGAGGACAAGGAUACUGUUCCAGUCGUGGGCAUGAAGAAUUUGGGCGAUCAUGUGAAUGCUAUGUGGCAAGACGUGGCCAAGAUGGAACAAGUCAUCUUUCCAAACAACCAGCAGAUCUAUGUCAUCUACAAGGAAUUCCUGGAGCAUGGCUACAAAGGUGCCCUCGGCACGGUUCUGAUCAAGUUCCCGCACAGAGAUGGGACAAGAUCAAUCCCUGCUGGAUCAGUAGGGCUGGUGGACGGAUUUGCGAAGAUCAUGGUGAUGCUUUCGGUGGUUCUGUUCAUCAAGGAGCUGGAACUGCUCGACCAAGCUCUAGAGGACCCUACCUUGAGGAAAACCUUGCAAAGGCGUACCUUAGAACAAUACGUGCAAGACCAUCAAGACAAGAGUCGCAACGCGCUGCAAAAGAGCUUGCAAGCAGCUUUUGCUGCUUGGAAAGAAGAGCUUGCCGCGGACCAAGCAGCUUUUGCUGCUGAAAAGCUGGCGUUGCCUGGCUAUCAGUUGGUUGUGUCAUCAGAUGAUCAUGUAAGUGCAGGCACAUCAUUUGUAAGAGCUACCAUGGAAGCCUUCUCACUUCCAACAGAAAAAGGCUGCUGUCUGGUGGAUCUGUUUGGCUAUGAUGGCACCCCGAUGCUGGCUUGCUUGGAGGAGUUGUGCGAAGGCAAGAAUUGCUGUGUCGGCACUGUUUGCCUAGACGCAUCUGGCAGCUCUUUGUCCACUAGAGUCGCAAACAAGGUUUUUGAUGCUGCUCGUUCCAAAAAGGUCAAGCUCAAUGCCUUUCCAGAUAUUUCGUCUUUGGUAGCUUCUUUGAAGCGUGGGCAUGCGGUGGAGAGCACUACAACCUACAGGGUCACCGCCCGCCAAAAUGACAGAUUGGUGAUAGUCAAGAACUUGGCGGAGAAGUGGCUUAAUGAGGAAUCAACAAGUGAUGAAGCAAAACGCAUUAUCGAGCAGCACAACAAAGAGCACAAUGCAAAUGGUGAGUAUAUGACAGCAUCUGCGCCUGCUGUAGAACCACCUCCAAAGCGAGUGAAGUUGGAAGAGGAUGCCACGGAUGUCCAAAAAAAUUCCAGUCGCUGGUUCAGCUUUGAUGUCAAGAAGGAUGACCUCAUUUUCCUGGAACGCAAGUCAGUGCCGGAAUCUCUUCGGCAAAUGGAAUGCGUGGAGUCCGUGAUGAGCGUCCAGAGUAUUCUGUCGGAUUUGGAAGACCAGGGAGAG